AUAAUGGAAUACUACACAAUUCUCUCCUUUUUGUCUCUACCUUCUCUCUCAAAUUUUCUCUCUCUAGUUUGUUAAAUCCGUAGUGCUUGUGCAGAAAGCAAAAAAUUGUAUACAGUUGAAACGAAAGUAAAGUUGCAGAAAGAAAGUUGAAAUCGGAGAUUUUCCACCGGCGCUAAGGAAAAGGCCCCUGCCUCACCACCACUGUCCAUCAGUCACCACAAUCUACCACCGCGCUCAGAUCAGAGUCACUCAGUCACUCACUCCUCAACUCACUGCUCGCACACGUUUGGUUGCUAUGGAGUACUACAUGAAGAAAUCAGAUAGAAAAACAAGAUGGUCAAGAUGGAUCGAUUGUUACAACAGUUCCCAGAAGAUAUUACUUGUGGGUGAUGGUGAUUUCUCAUUUUCCGCAUGUUUAGCUCGAGCUUUUGGCACUGCUAAAAACAUGGUUGCUACUUCGUAUCUUGAUCAAGAUUCGUUAUUUAAAAAGCAUUGGACGAGUAUACCACACCUUCAAGAACUUGAGAGAUUAGGGUGCUUAUUAUUGGUCGGAGUCGAUGUCUACAAUAUGGACACUAGCCCAUUUUUCGAAAACACAAAAUUCGACAUCAUCAUCUUCAACUUCCCUCAUGCUGGUCAUUAUGAUUACUUAUCCGAAAGUAGCCCUAUAUUAAUCCAGAUGCAUAGGGAGUUGGUGGGAGCUUACUUUAGAAGUGCAAGCAAGAUGUUGAGUGAAGGGGGUGAAGUGCAUAUAAGGCAUAGAGAUGAUCCUCCGUAUGAUAGAUGGGAUAUUGUUUCGCUAGCUGUUGAAGCUGGAUUGGAGUUGAAGGAGAAAGUGUUGUUUGAUAAGAGUAAGUAUCCGGGUUAUCAUAACAAAAGAGGAGGAGAUGUUCAAACUAACAAGACUUUUCCUAUUGGAGAUGCUUUUACUUUUAAGUUUGUUGAAACUCAUGAUUUACCAAAGGUUGAUUCGAAGAAUGAUGAUAUGGGUUGUGUAUUAGACAUGAAGAGUGUUUUACAUGAUGAUCGUUUUGUUCGUAUGUUCGAUGGGCUUUGUUUAAAGGAUGAUGUUGAUGAUGAUGAUGAUGAGGAGGAGGAGGGCUAUGCCGAGGAUUAUGAAUAUGUUGAUGAUGAAACUGAUGAGGAUGACGAUAACAAUGAUUAUGAUGAUGAUGAUGAUGAGGAGGAGGAGGGCUAUGUCGAGGAUUAUGAAUAUGUUGAUGAUGAAACUGAUGAGAAGGACGAUGAUGAUGAUGAUGAUGAUGAUGAUGAUGAUGACGACGACGACGACGACGACGACGAGGAGGACAACAACGAUGAGGAGGAGUACUUUUGUGAUUACUACUAAGAACAUGACUAUGAUAAUCCAUGGUGAUAUUGGGGUAUGAGAAAUUAACGAAGGGUUAUGUUCGUGAUUAUGAUCAUAUUGAUGGAAAAAUGGGGUUGAAGAUAAUGAUAGUUACAUGGUCAUGGUGAUGUAAAUAAUGGAAGAUGAUGAUUGUGAUUGUGAUUAAGAAAAUGAAAUAAUUGGCCAUGUUUGAUUGUA